GCCUCCCUACGGCUGCGGGGAAAGCCGCCGCGCUCACCUGCGCCAGGCGGCCUCGGCCUCCACACCGCCGCCAUGCAGGAGACUAACACCUUCUUGCUGUCGGCCCUGCAGCCCGAGGCCGGCGUCUGCUCGCUGGCGUUGCCCUCGGACCGGCAGCUGGACGGCAGGAGCCGGGAGGCGGCCGAGGCCCAGCGGCUGCGCAGCGCCCGCGUCCAGGAGCAGGUCCGCAUCCGGAUGAUGCUGAGGGGGCAAGCGGCCGCCCGCGCCGAGGGCCCCGACCACGCUGACGGCAGCAGAGGUGGUCAGUACGGCACAACCCUGCGCUCCUCCUUCAGCUCCCGCUCCCAGAGCAAUGGCUUGGACCCCAAAGCCUCGCUCUAUCAGCCGCUGGCCAAGAAGGAUUUCGGCACGCUGAAGGGCAGCAGCUGGUCCUCACGCUCGGCGGUGGACCUCACCCCGCACAAGCGGAUGGCGACCAUCAGCAAUGGGGGCCUGGCGAAGGGCCGGGGCUACGGCACCGGCUACACCAUGUCGCAGGCCGCCAACAUCUCACCACGGCCCAGCUCCUUCCAUGAGCGCAACUACCGGCCCCGGCAGAACUUCGACACCCUCUCGCUGCACUCCCUGCGGCUGGCCGACGGGCCGCUCCAGCCCACCGCCAUCGCAGAUGACCGUUAUAGCAUCAUCUCAGAGCAGCUGGACCCCGUGGGUCACCGUUCCCUCUACAAAAGCCAAGGCAACGGCGGCUUCACUCGCUCCUACACCUUUGAGAGGCAGAUGAGCGCCGGCUCCACCGCCAAGGCUGCCUCCGACUGGCUGGAGGGCGGUGAGGUGACCCAGAGCCGCACCAUCCGGGCGCCUGCCAUGCGCACGCUCCAGCGCUUCCAGAGCAACAACCGGUCGCGGCUUAGCACCGGCUCCUUCGGCAGCAUCCAGGCGGCCUCGCAGGCGGGCGGCGGGAGCUCGUACAUGGGGAUGGUGGAGCACAGCUCCCGCGCCCCCUCCGUGCGCAGCUUGGCCGAGUCCAGCCACCACCUCCAGGACCAGCGUGCCAUGGAGAUGUACAACGGGCACAGCACGCUGCUCAGCCACCAGUCAGGGGGGUUUGAUGACAUCGACCUGCCCUCUGCAGUGAAAUACCUGAUAGCCAGCGACCCCAACCUGCAGGUUCUGGGCGCUGCCUACCUCCAGCACAAAUGCUACAGCGACAGCAAUGCCAAGAAGCAGGCCCGCAGCCUCCAGGCCAUGCCCAAGCUGGUGAAGCUGUUCAACAGCCCCAACCAGGAGGUGCAGCGCCAUGCCACAGGCGCCAUGCGCAACCUCAUCUACGACAACGCCGAGAACAAGCUGGCGCUGGUGGAGGAGAACGGCAUCUAUGAGCUCAUGCGGACGCUGCGGGAGCCCGACGACGAGCUCCGCAAGAAUGUCACAGGGAUCCUGUGGAAUCUUUCCUCCAGUGACAACCUGAAGGAUCGCCUGGCCCGGGACACGCUGGAGCAGCUCACAGACCUGGUCCUGGUCCCCCUCUCUGGGCUGGGGGGCUCGGGUGUCAUCCAGCAGAACCCCUCAGAGGCGGAGAUCUUCUACAACUCCACAGGCUUCCUCAGGAAUCUCAGCUCUGCCAGCCAGCAGACCCGACAGAAGAUGCGUGAGUGCCAUGGGCUGGUGGACUCCAUGAUCUACUACGUGAACAGCUCCCUGGAAGUGGGCAAGUCAGAGGACAAGAGCGUGGAGAAUGCCGUCUGUGUCCUACGCAACCUCUCCUACCGCCUGUACGACGAAAUGCCCCCGUCCUCCCUCCAGCGCCUGGAAGGCCACAGGAGGAAUAACAGCAGCAUGGUGACGGGGGAGCUGGUGGGCUGCUUCAGCCCCCAGAGCAAGAAAGCACGAGAGCACUACCUGAAUGCAGACAUCGUCACCUUCACGGAGGUCUCCAAGGACCCCAAGGGCAUGGAGUGGCUCUGGAACCCACAGAUCGUGGGCAUCUACAACCGGCUGCUGCAGCGCUGUGAGCUCAACAAGCACACAACGGAGGCGGCCUCGGGCGCCCUGCAGAACAUCACUGCCGGGGACCGCAGGUGGGCAGGCGUGCUGAGCCGGCUGGCCCUGGAGCAGGAGCGCAUCCUGAACCCCGUGCUGGACCGCGUCCGCACCGCCGACCACCACCAGCUGCGCUCCCUGACGGGGCUCAUCCGCAACCUGUCCCGCCAUGCCCGCAACAAGGACGAGAUGUCAACCAAGGUGGUCAGCCACUUGAUUGAGAAGCUGCCGGGGAGCAUCGGGGACAAGGCGCCGCCCGCCGACGUCAUCGUGAACAUCAUCGCGGUCCUCAACAACUUGGUGGUGGAGAGCCCCAUGGCUGCCCGUGACAUCGUCUACUUUGAUGGCCUCAGGAAGCUCUUCUACAUCAAGAAGAGAAGGGACAGCUCGGACAAUGAGAAGUCCUCCAGAGCAGCAGCUAGCCUCCUUGGCAACAUGUGGCAAUACACCAAGCUCCACCGGGACUUCAAAAUGAAGGGGUUCCGGAAGGAGGACUUCCUCGGCCUGUGAGGACAACCCCCGGGAGCCGGACUGCCCAGCCCUGACUCUCCCCGCCGGGAUGCUCCUUGCUGCUGGCCCUGGCCUGGGGAGGCUGCUCACCGCUGGAUACCUGCUCCGUAGUGUAGCCCCCGCCGCGUCCCUCACGCCUCCCCCCUCCACCGGGUCCCCCUUUCCCGGGUGGGGGGACACUCGUGCUCCCUCCUGCUGCAGCCUUAAACCCAGCAACUGCUUUUGGCUCUGCGGCGGGGCCCCGCUGGGACCCCAGUUAGUGGGGGACUGCCCCAUGGCACCCAAGGGUCCUCAGCCCCUGGGGACCCUCUCCGCUCCUGGGGAGCCAGCUGUAAAGCUCAGCUCGUCUCGCGGCUCGGCGGAGGGGCAGGAGCUGCAGGGCUUUGGGGAUGCUCCUGCAAAGCAAUACUGGUGGCGAGGGGGGCUUCUGGGGGCACCCCAUCCCAGCGCCCCGAAUCGCGGCGCACCAGGGGCUGGGAGGGUGCUGGUGCGGGGUGCGCCGUGGGUUACACACACUCUGCCCUGGUUGGGUGGGGAGGGGGCUUCGCAUAGCUCAGGGGGUUUGUGGGAGGUCUGAGGUGGCUUCCCAAAUUUUUAUGGGCUGGCACUGGAGCUGUAAGGAGCUGGGAAACUGCGUCGGUGACACGGUGCUGAGUCCCCUCCUUUGCUGGGCGUGAGGGGGGUGAUUGAGGCUGCCCGUGCCCUCGCUUCAAGAAGCCGGGGCACCUCUGUGCCACGCCGUCCCCAUCCGUACACCCCGUGGGGACUGUCCCUGUGCAGGCAGAGCCGCUGCUGCCGCUCUUUGCUGGCUGCUCUGCCCAGGGCUGGGCCUGGCCGGUGCUGUGUAAGCAGGAUCCGGGCAGGGCCAGCCGGCUUGUGUUUGCUGGAAGGCGUCUCCCCGCGGGGUGGGGAGAUGCCCUCGGUGCCCGGCGCGGCUGGCGCAGGUGGGGCAGCGGGUCCAAAGCUCUCCCUGCCGAGGCGGUGGCCGGACCGGGGCACGCGGGUGGGCUGUGGGGUGGCUUUGGUCUGCCGGCGGGUUUGGGGCUGGGUGGGGAGACCCUGCGCUUGGGGGGGCAUGGCACACCCCGUUUGGGAAACAAGGUAGAGUAGGUACAGGGGCGGGAGGGUCGGGGAGACCUGGCGGCGCUGCCAGGAGGGGACGCAUCCAGGGCUGGUGGGGUCCCCUCGGUGAGCUGGCACCCGGCGCGGUCCAGGGCGGGGUGUUACGGUGCGUUUGUCUCCCCAGCUCUCCGUGUACAAACUCCCCGAGCCCUGCGUAUCCCUGAAAUAAAGGCCUUGA